GUUGUUCUGUGGAGUCGACAUGGCUACGUCACCUCGCGAGCAGGGAUACGGAUAACGAUAAGACAGGGGUCUUGUUGACUUUCCAUACAGAGGCCUGAACCACUUUUUUUUGCUGGCCCGCCUGGAACUUGCGAGAAAGCCAGACUCGCAUUCCCUCAGCCUAGCCUCGGCGCAUUGCCCCACCGGUUCCAGCACGAAACUCCCGGCAGCAUUGUUGACGUCUGUUGCAAAUAUCUAAUCUUCAAACACCGCCACAUUCCUUUCGAGAAUGUCUGUUCCGCCUGAAAUCAUCCAGGUCAAGCGCCUGGUCAAGAAGCGCAAGGCUGCCGAUGAUGACGACCACGACGAGGGCGUCGUCGACUAUCUCCGUGUUGACGGCGAUAGGAAGCGACCCCGCAGCGAUGCCUACAUCUACCAGCGGAGGAUCCAGGGUGCCGCCGACAAGGAGGGCGGCGCUGUUAGAAAGCCAACCAGUAACCUCCUGCCGACAAUCCAUGCAUCCAAGCCCGGCGACGAGAAGAGCAAUGCACACAGGCGCAACCGGCCGCAAGAGGCCAAGCCAGAUGCGCCGGCGCAACCCCUCCCAAACUCACAAGAUGAGACACCCGCCGCCCCAUCUGCCCCCACGACGGCGCAGAGCGCAUCCAAAUCUCAGCCCGCGACAGAACCACGUCGGUUCCACAUGUCUCGACGCUCGCUUGUCCCCUCGCCUCUUUUCAGCCCCGGCGUGAGCACUGGAAAGAGGUCGCGCUUUAAGACACCGACGACCGUCUUCGUGGAGCGCGGACACAAGAGGUCGAGGACCGAGGACGUACAGAUGACUGACGUGGAUAGUCUGCCGACGACCGAGAAGAUAGGGAAGGAUGAAGGUUUUGAGAAUGGCGCGCCUGCGAGGAAGCAGAAGCUACCCGGCUCAGACCGGAAGCGGACAGACGGCAGGCACACGCCCCUGGUAAAGAGGGAGAUUCCAGAGUCGCUCCAGAAAGACCAGGACUCGGACUUGGACGAGCUCACUCGUAGCAUGAACGACUUCGUCAUGCAGCAGAUUGGCGAAAACCUGGCGAAGAUAGAGGAACGCGACAGAAAGGCAGAAGCAGCAGCAGCAAGGAGGGCGUCGGCAGCGGCGUCGCCCCAAUCGUCCAAGUUCAAGCCCAAGGCUCCCGCGAAGCGCUACGCGGAGCGCCAUCCAGAGCUUGCUGCUGCCAAGACAGAUUCCUUACCAGCCAUGCCGGCCAUGGAGGAUUACGAGAGCCAUAGUGAUGAUGAAUAUGUCAUCGAGACCUACGUCCGUGUGGCAGCCGAGAGCUUGAGCAAGGACGUGGACCCAGAGAAGGUCGGCUUGCUUGUCUUUGACAACGAGCCUGACGUGGACUUUUUCUAUGGGGAGGAGGGCGACAGCGACGAUGAGUACCCCGAGGACGACGAGGACGAGAAUGCCGAAGAUUACUACGCGGCAGACUAUCCUGAUGAGGAGGUCGACUCAGAGGACGAGUAUAACCGGGCCGCGUACCAGUACCGCACCGGUAAUGCGUCUGAUCUUGAGGAGUACGACAUCGCCCUCGACAACGACGGAGAAGACGGCGGGGACCCUGGUCUGUUCCAUGCCCGCCUUGGGGGUCGGACGUCUGCUUCGCUCGGACGUCCCUGAUCAACGGAAUAUUCGGAGAGCCUAGGGGCCAUUGAGAGCCCUAUGAUCCUUGAAACCAGAGGGAUACACUUAGAUCUCGUCAGGCGAGGGAAACUUUAUCAACCGUCGGAUUCGAAUCCGAU